GCCGCGGGCCGGAGCGGGUCGUGCGCGCUGAGGAGGAGCCGCUGCUGCCGUCGCCGUCUCCGCCACCGCCGCCACCGCUACCGAGGCCGAGCGGAGCCGUUAGCGCCGCGCCGCCGCCGCCUCCCGCCCGCCCCGGAGCAGCCCCGGGCCCGCCCGCCCGCGUCCAGAUUUUUGAAAAAUACAAUGUCUAAUGGUUAUGAAGACCACAUGGCCGAAGACUGCAGGGGUGACAUCGGGAGAACGAAUUUGAUCGUCAACUACCUCCCUCAGAACAUGACCCAGGAUGAGUUACGAAGCCUGUUCAGCAGCAUUGGUGAAGUUGAAUCUGCAAAACUUAUUCGGGAUAAAGUAGCAGGACACAGCUUGGGCUAUGGCUUUGUCAACUACGUGACUGCAAAGGAUGCAGAGAGAGCAAUCAACACGCUGAAUGGCCUGAGGCUCCAAUCAAAAACCAUUAAGGUGUCGUACGCUCGUCCGAGCUCAGAGGUCAUCAAAGAUGCCAACUUGUACAUCAGUGGGCUCCCGCGGACCAUGACCCAGAAGGACGUAGAGGACAUGUUCUCUCGGUUUGGGCGGAUCAUCAACUCAAGGGUCCUCGUGGAUCAGACCACAGGUUUGUCCAGAGGGGUUGCGUUUAUCCGGUUUGACAAACGGUCGGAGGCAGAAGAGGCAAUUACCAGUUUCAAUGGUCAUAAACCCCCAGGUUCCUCUGAGCCCAUCACAGUGAAGUUUGCAGCCAAUCCCAACCAGAACAAAAAUGUGGCACUCCUCUCGCAGCUGUACCACUCGCCAGCGCGACGGUUUGGAGGCCCCGUUCACCACCAGGCGCAGAGAUUCAGGUUCUCCCCCAUGGGUGUCGAUCACAUGAGCGGGCUCUCUGGUGUCAACGUGCCCGGAAACGCCUCUUCGGGCUGGUGCAUUUUCAUCUACAACCUGGGGCAGGACGCCGAUGAGGGGAUCCUCUGGCAGAUGUUUGGGCCCUUUGGCGCCGUCACCAAUGUGAAAGUGAUCCGCGACUUCAACACCAACAAGUGCAAAGGGUUUGGCUUUGUGACCAUGACAAACUAUGAAGAAGCCGCGAUGGCCAUAGCCAGCCUGAAUGGCUACCGCCUGGGGGACAAGAUCUUACAGGUUUCCUUCAAAACCAACAAGUCCCACAAAUAACUCGCUCAUGUUUUUUUUUGUACGGAAUAGAUAAUUAAGAGUGAAGGCGUUGAAACUUUUCUUGUUAGUGUACAACUCAUUUUGCGCCAAUUUUCACAAGUGUUUGUCUUUGUCUGAAUGAGAAGUGAGAAGGUUUUUAUACUCUGGGAUGCAACCGACAUGUUCAAAUGUUUGAAAUCCCACAAUGUUAGACCAAUCUUAAGUUUCGUAAGUUAUUUCCUUUAAGAUAUCUAUUAAACAGAAAUCUAAGUAGAA